AUGGGUUCUCAAAGGGAUGAGCUAAAGAUGAACUCGUGCGUUGGAGAGAAACGGCCAACCAAUCUGGCAGCGUCUACUUCUACCGGUGCGGACAAGGAUAGACAGGGGUCGCAGAAGCCGUCGGGCAAUUUACCAAAAAGUUUAUGUGUGUUUUCACUCAUUCUUUUUUUCUUGCCGGUGGUUUUUGAGCACAUGGAUGUGAGUGGUCUACAGGGAAUGUCACUGUUCGUUGAUGUCAGCAGAGUUCUUCUAAUUGCCGGUUUCGUCUAUGAAGUUAUCAUGCAUUUCGUCGCUACUGUCCUCGCAAUCGUCCCCGUGGCUAUCUUCUCUGCGAAGGUGUCGUGCGUAUGUAUAGUAUCGAAGAAGAUGAUUCAGACGCUUACGAUGGUAGAGAACAGCCGCAGAAUAGGUUUGAAGAGUUGA